UAUAAAAUACACGUAAGUAAAUAUUUUCUCAGAAAAACAGAAAGCGUGACGGCGGAAAACAGAAACGAACUGGGCUUUAAAUUUCUAAUUUCAUUCGCUCCAUUUAGAAUCACUCCACUGUACAGAUUCCCACACAUGAUCACGAUCGCUAGGUGUUUGAUAAAGGUUUAUGAGGCAACUUGAAUAGAUAUUUUGGGAUAGGUUUAGAAGGAUGGACUCUGCGUGUAGAUUUUUGCAGCCUAGGGUGAUUUGCGGUAAUGAAGGAACUAGCUAUAGCUUUUUGGAGAGUCUUAACUGGAGAUCGAGUUUUGAUUGUAAAAUUAUUGGCAAUGAGAGGUUAAAGUGGAAAGGUCGAUCAACCAAGUUGAUGAAAUUGGCUUCAAGUAGUAGAAGGGAAUUAGAUAGUUAUCGAGGUUGUCAUCAUUUACGGAAGAGUUUGGGGUUUAGUUUCGGGUAUCGUGUUGAACCAUUGAGAGGAGAGGUUAGACCAUGCUGCCAGGGGAAUGAUUCAGUUGCUUAUAUUGAAGGAAAUGGUAAUGAUCGAAGAGUGGAAUAUGGUAAGAGUUCUGAUGAGAAGAAUUUAACAGAAGGGGUUGAUGACAGUUCAGAAGGAAAUGAGGUAGUGGAGGAACUUGGAAAGAGUGAAGAAGUAGAAGUCCCAAGUUUAGAUGUUUUGAGGGAAUUGUUACAAAAGGCUUGUAAAGAACUGGAGAUUGCACGGUUAAAUAGUUCCAUGUUUGAGGAAAAAGCACAGAAGAUAUCAGAAGCUGCAAUAGCUUUGAAAGAUGAAGCAGCCGUUGCGUGGGAUGAUGUCAAUUCUGCACUUAAUUCUAUCCAAGAGAUUGUAAAUGAAGAGGCUAGCGCAAAAGAAGUUGUUCAAGCUGCAACAAUGUCCCUUUCUUUAGCAGAAGCAAGGCUUCAGGUGGCAGGGGAAUCAUUAGGAAUUACGAAAAGAAAAACUUCUUAUAAGGAAAAAGUUACAGAUAGUGAUACAGAAACUGAUAUCGUAGGAGAUAAAUCAAAUUUAUUAAGAGAAGAGGAAGAGACUUUCUUGUCUGCCCAGGAGGAUAUUAAACAGUGCCGGACUGCUUUAGCUAAUUGUGAGAUGGAGCUGAUGCAGUUGCAGAGCAAAAAACAAGAACUGCAGCAGGAAGUGGACAGACUGACUGAGGUUGCAGAGAAAGCAGAAAGCGAUGCUUCAAAAGCAGAGGAAGAUGUUGCUAACAUAAUGCUUCUUGCUGAGAAAGCUGUUGCUUUUGAACUUGAGGUUGCAAAACAUGUGAAUGAUGCAGAAAUUGUUCUACAGAAAGCUCAGAGAACUCUCUCUGUUUCCCCUCCAAGUUAUUCAGAAAGUACAACACUGCAGAAUGCAUCAUCUCAGGUAAGUGAGGGUGCACUCAAUGAUGAAGACGAGAUGAGCCGUGAAAAUUCAGUUGAUAGCAUUGUUGAUAGAGACAAAAAAGUGCAGCAGGAUACUACCCUGUUAGUCAGUGAAGGCUCAUCAGAUAGCCAGUUUGAUAUCCAAGGACAGAGAAAUGAAGACUCCAGAGAGUCAGAAGACAGUGACUUGGAGAAUGGAAAGGUAAGUACUUCACAGAAAGAGACUGAAGAAGAAACAGAAAUGUCAAAGAAUGUAGUUCAAAAUAAAAAAUCAGAGUCAACCAAGGAUUUGAAUCAAGACAGCUCACUAUUUAAUACUCCAAAAGCAUUGCUGAAUAAAUCUUCCCGUUUCUUCCCAGCAUCAUUCUUCUCUUUUGCUGGUGAUGGGACUGAAUUCACCCCAGCUUCAUUUUUUUAUGGUCUUGUUAAUUCUGGAAGAAAGCAACUGCCAAAGCUGGUUGUUGGCUUGUUGCUUGCGGGAUCAGCGUAUGCAUCUAUAUCAAUUGGCAUCCUAUUGACCAAAGUGCUGAAAUUUCUCAACAGGGUAACUUUCUAUACCACUCGCACUGAGAGGGUCAGUCAGAUCUUCCAACAGACGGAUAUUAUGGCUACUAGUAUUGAUGAAGUUUCGUUAAAUACGAAGCCUUUAUUUCGACAGUUGAGGAAAUUACCCAAGAAAAUAAAAAAUUUAAUGGACAAGUUUCCUCAUCAAGAGAUAAAUGAGGAGGAAGCUUCUCUCUUCGAUGUGUUGUGGUUACUUCUUGCAAGUGUUAUUUUUGUCCCUCUGUUCCAGAAAAUCCCAGGAGGGAGUCCUGUUCUUGGCUAUCUGACUGCUGGUAUCUUGAUCGGACCUUAUGGUUUUUCUAUUAUUCGUAAUGUACAUGGAACAAAGGCCAUUGCUGAAUUUGGCGUCGUUUUUUUGAUGUUUAAUAUUGGCCUUGAGCUUUCUGUUGAAAGACUAAGUUCCAUGAAGAAAUAUGUUUUCGGGUUAGGUUCCGCUCAGGUCUUGGUAACAGCAGUGGUGGUCGGCAUGAUUACUCAUUUUGUUGCUGGUCAGGCAGGUCCUGCAGCACUUGUCAUCGGCAAUGGAUUGGCAUUAUCUUCUACUGCUGUUGUCCUCCAGGUACUACAGGAAAGAGGAGAAAGCACAUCACGCCAUGGACGAGCAACAUUUUCAGUAUUACUUUUUCAGGAUUUAGCUGUUGUGGUUUUGCUAAUCCUCAUUCCUCUUAUCUCGCCAAAUUCAUCUAAAGGAGGGGUUGGCUUCCAAGCAAUUGCCGAAGCUCUUGGAUUGGCAGGCCUCAAGGCUGUUGUUGCUAUUAGUGCAAUUAUAGCUGGAGGACGCUUAUUGCUUCGUCCAAUAUACAAACAAAUUGCCGAGAAUCAAAACGCAGAGAUAUUCUCCGCCAAUACGCUCCUGGUUAUUCUUGGUACAAGUCUGCUUACUGCAAGGGCUGGGCUUUCAAUGGCUUUAGGAGCAUUUUUGGCUGGUUUGCUCCUUGCCGAGACUGAAUUCUCUUUACAGGUGGAAUCCGAUAUUGCUCCUUAUCGCGGCCUUUUAUUGGGUCUCUUCUUCAUGACGGUAGGAAUGUCCAUUGAUCCGAAACUUCUCCUUUCGAACUUUCCGGUUAUUAUGGGGACAUUAGGACUAUUAAUUGGUGGAAAAACUAUAUUGGUUGCUCUGAUUGGCAAGGUUUUUGGUGUCUCCAUUAUAUCUGCGAUAAGAGUUGGUCUUCUACUUGCUCCAGGUGGAGAAUUCGCGUUUGUGGCUUUUGGCGAAGCUGUCAAUCAGGGUAUAAUGUCUUCUCAGAUGUCAUCUCUGCUGUUUCUGGUUGUUGGAAUCUCAAUGGCUCUUACACCAUGGUUAGCUGCUGGAGGUCAGUUAAUAGCUUCUCGUUUUGAGCAGCAUGAUGUCCGAAGUUUAUUACCUGUUGAGAGUGAGACAGAUGAUUUACAAGAUCAUAUUAUAUUAUGUGGAUUUGGACGUGUCGGCCAGAUCAUUGCUCAACUUCUUUCUGAAAGACUGAUUCCAUUUGUCGCUCUUGAUGUCAGGAGUGAUCGAGUAUCAGUUGGGCGUGCACUCGACCUUCCCGUCUACUUCGGUGAUGCUGGUAGUAGAGAGGUUCUGCAUAAAAUUGGGGCUGAAAGAGCUUGUGCUGCGGCUAUAACUUUAGAUACUCCAGGUGCAAAUUAUAGAACUGUUUGGGCUCUGAACAAGUAUUUUCCCAAUGUGAAGACCUUUGUGCGUGCUCAUGAUGUUGAUCAUGGGAUUAAUCUAGAAAAGGCUGGUGCAACAGCGGUUGUCCCAGAGACCUUAGAACCAAGCUUACAGUUGGCAGCUGCUGUUCUUGCACAAGCUAAACUCCCGAUGUCUGAGAUAACAGCAGCUAUUAAUGAGUUUAGGUCCCGUCAUCUUUCUGAGCUUACUGAGCUGUGUGAAGCCAGCGGGAGCUCUCUUGGUUAUGGUUAUUCUCGGAUGAUGACUAAACCUAAAUCACCACCAUUAGAUCUCUCGGACGAGGACGAAGUAACUGAAGGAACUCUAGCAAUAUAGCCUUCAUAUAAAGACGGAAAGAAAUAUAAAAGAAUAGAAAAAAUAUAUGUUUUCUGUGUACUGUGUAGCAAUUUCUUGACCUGUAUUGACAAGAGUUAAAGAAAUUCACGGUCGUCUUAAUCGGUUUCCAAUUUACUAGCUGACUAGCUUUCGCCCGA